GUCAAAAUGUGUGAAGAUUGAUGUUAAGCACAUUCACAUUAGAAACGUUUGUUUGUAAAUAAGUUCAGGAUCGCUUUAAUUUUUAUUUUUUACGGAAAUCAGUUACAAUUAUAUCGCUUUUAUGGACACAGCGAGGGAAAAUAUUGUAAAAUAUGCGGCCGGCAGUCAGGAAGACAACUUCUGCCGGCUGUGCUUCGUGAAGGCAUUCAAAUUACGGAACGUAUUUCCUUACGGAGACGAUCCCGAUAAUGACCUGUAUCGCAAAAUUUGUAACCUAGCGCUGGUAAAAUUGGAAUCCAAACUUGAGCCGGAUUGUUGCAUUUGUUCCCGCUGCCUAACUUAUCUGGAGGAUUUCAGUAAGUUCCAGCAACAAUGCGUAGAGUACAAUCGUUUGCUUUAUCAAACCAGAGGGCAAGGCGAACCCCCAUCGCUUCCUGAGGCGACGGCCAAUGCUCCUCAGCUUCAAACUGUUAGCAGCAGUAUAUCACUUCCUACUUCCACCGGUGCCAGACGUGGGAGAAGAAAGAAAGACGUGGAUCCGUUUGAAUCAUCUCAGGAUCUUGAUUCGACUGGUGUUGGGAGAAGUGUGACUAAGCGUAAGAUCAAGCCACCAAAACGGUAUUCGCCCAUUAAGGAUAAAAAAUCAACAGAACGCAAGCCUAUCAAGUCAAAGGCAAAGCAGGAUUCUGAGUCAAGUUUUGAAGAAGAUGCCAGCGAUUCGGCUGAUGAUUACAUACCCUUGGCCAAACGGAAGUUGAAUGCUAGCAGAUCGUCUCGUACGAGCGCUCCGACGACAACCCCAAAGCGAAGUCGACGUGGAAAAGUCAUGAACAUCGAUCAGUCAACUCCGGAAGCGAUCGAUGGGAAACCAGCCAAGGUUUUGACUUCAACGAACUUCAUAGUUUAUAAUGCGGGACAUGGCAGUAUCAACAUCAUGGCAGGAGGUUAUCGGUACUACAAGUACCGGAUGUACAGAAGCGGUAAGGAAGUUCGGUACGGAUGGCAGUGCAUUGAGUCGGAUUGUCCCUCACAGUUGUAUACGAGUAGUUUCACUACGGGUAUCAUUUACUGGAGAGAUCGGUACUUUGAGCACAAUCAUCCGUCGGACAAUGUCGAACAGUUGAUGGACACAAAAGAAGAGGAUAUGACCCAAGAUGAGUAUGACGAGGAGAUGUCCAACGAGUACGAAGUGAUAAGUAGCGGUCGGGGUAGGCAUACGUACAAGCUGCUGAAAUUCUCUACCGGUCGGGAAAUUAUGCUUUAUGCUGAUCAUCGUCAUCGACUGCUGACGGAAAGACCGGACGGUAUUAAAAUUUUCGGAUGUACCACUGCCUCAUGCCAAACGAUCAUCUACAUAUCGAAGGACAAUGAAAUGCGCGUCUACUGUGGCAGCUUCACCAGCACAGAAGAGGCCGCUGAUCAAGCCUAUCGAAAGACAUCCAAAAUCCUUCGGUUCGAGGGCCACUACUUCAUUUACAGUGGCCGUAAGUUGGAAGACAGAAACUGUACGUCUUGGUUUUGUGUCAUGCGCAGAACCACCGAAUGUCAAACGGUGAUCUACUGCACCAAGGACGACACUAUUAUCACGCUUAGAAAUCAGAUUAAAUACGCUCACAAUCAUCCGCCUGAUGCUUUCAAACUUAAGGAAGGGAUGCGUGCUGUCGAAGUAAAAAAGGCAAGCCUUCCGUUGGAAUCAACCAAUUAUCAUAUAGCCAAAAAUACACAGCGGACCGAUUUCCUAAUUUUCGAAGGUAUACGAUACUGCAUUGUAAGCACCAGGGUGGAUGGAUCAAAAACUUGUCGCUGCUUGGAAACCGACAACUGCGCCGGGUAUGUCUUUCUGCUUCCUAACGGAACAGUGGUCAAGUACAACAACUUUAACGAACACAGCCAUCCAAUGCCCGAUCCACCGAAGAGUAUCUACGAGUUUGAUUACAUCAUUGAAACACUGGAUGUAAGUAAGAGCUCAGAAGAUAACGCGCUCCAUCGUUGGUACAAAGAUUACGAGUACAUGCAGAGCACCAAAAAAGAUCCUGGCUUCCUGUACUAUCGAUGUGUCGAGCGGUCCACCGGAUGUACGGCGGCGUUCAUCACCAACGAGGACUUCAGCAACAUCAGGGAAACUAUCGAACAGCAUACGCAUCCAAGCCCAAAGAUCGAGAAGCAACAGCGAAAGACGAUGAUAGCAAUCGAAGGCAACAAGAACUUCAGGAUGACGGCGAACAGCGAAGGUCACGAGAUAAUGAAGUAUCAGGGAAAUCGGUACUGUCACUUCUACAACCAUAAGGAGGGCUGGCGGGUGUGGCGAUGCUUCGGCGCACCGCGGUGUAGAUCAACACUGUUCCAGGACCGUUCGAGUGGCAAGGUUAAUGAUGUGGAGAGAAUUGCCCACGUGCAUACCAAUAGUUGGAUACAACGCGAGGAACCCAACGGAGACGUCGAUGAUAAUAUUGCGAAGGAUGAGAACCCGGAGGAGGGUUCGGACAGUCACGAUAGUGAGGAUUGGAUUUGAACUGGGAAAAAGGUAUGUAAGCACUGAUAAUGUUGGUAAUAUGAUCAAUUGAUCAAUCUAAAUAAAGUGAUUAACACUGGUGUA